CUGCACAUGGAAGACAGUUUGGCAGAAAAUAAUGAUGAUUCGUACAUAGAAAUAGAGCUGGAAUCUUGUGCAGAGGUGGUUCCGACAUGUGUGAGUUCCGAGGAAGAAGACGAGAAGGAGGAGGAGCUUAAGUUGAGGGAAGGUGGUGAGGAGUACGAUGAUGAAUUGCGCAUUUCUAUUUCAUCGACGAUUGCGCUUCCCGAUGUUGUUGUCGAUUGCUCUGAGAAAGUUGAGAGCAGUGUUGAUCCUGUGAGAGAGAGUGAUUCAGCAGAUUCAGAUCCAAGCGAUGAUCAAGGCAGAUUCAAAGACGCUGCUGGUUUCUGGGAAAAUCGUUCACCAGAUCAUCACGGUCAUGUAACUCUCGAAACAACCAUGCCUUUCAACUGCUGUACUAGGCAAAACAGCAGAGUAAAAGAAGGAAGCAUGAGAAGAACAAAUGGAGGAGGGAUGAUAAUGAAUAUGCUGAUAAAGUUUCGAGGCAUAAAGCUGUCAACACUGAUAUCAUCCCUCAUGAAGCUACCAAGACCACCAUGCCAAGACCACAAUAAUGAUAAUAAUAAGGGACACACCAGAAAAUAUUGCAGAACCAUUUUACAAUGCUAUCAUCAGAAGAACAUGGUGGUUAAUCCCUCCUCAUCAGGCUCACAAGAAAACAGAUCAUCAAAAAGAUUAAGCAAACCCAACUGGGAUUUGAACAACAACAACAAUAAUAAUAGCAAUGAGGGCUCUUUCAGAAGCAGCAGAAGAUCAUCAUGGAACAGGUCAGUGGUGGAGAUAGAUUUGGGUGCACUGAAAGGCAUGUUCAGUGCUGUUGGAAUUGCCCAGAAAAGCAGAAGUAGUUCUAAGAGGAAAAGUUGUUCCAAUGUGUCUUCUUGUGACAACUCACCCAUUCAUGAAGGCUUUUCUUUCACUUGUACUGAUAACUCCAUUCAGGCUGCUAUUGCCUAUUGUAAAACUUCAUCUGGACAAACCUCUGAUUUUUCCUUCUGAAUUAAUGUUCAAUAUAUACUAUGCUGAAUGUUAUAUAAACAAGAGGUUUUUGUUGCUACUUUAUGUGUGAUAAGUGACAUAUUUUUAUUAUUUUUAAUCAGGUUAAUACUAUUGUUAGUCUUUA